AUGGACACUUCUUACCCUCGCGAAGACUACCUGCCCAUGACAUCCCGCAAGCAGGAACCUUCGCCCACAGUCAUCACCAUCCGGCCUCCUGUGGUCCCCCGUGACUACAUGAUCUGGUCUGUCUUCAACACCAUCUAUAUGAACUUCUGCUGCCUCGGCUUUGUAGCUCUUGCCUACUCCGUCAAGGCACGGGAUCAGAAGGUGUCUGGGGACCUGGAAGCUGCCCAUCGCUAUGGCUCCAAGGCCAGAUGCUACAAUGUCCUUGCCACCGUGUGGAAUGUGGUGUUGCCUUUGGUGCUCAUUGCUCUGGUGGUCACUGGUGUCCUCCACCUCUCCAAGCUGGCCCAGGAGUCAAUGGACUACUUUGCGUACAGUUUCUUUCCCAACGAUGGCGAUGACAAGAAGUGAGCUGAGGGCCUGGAGCAUUCCUGGGAAUUUCUCUUCUACUAUUAAGACGACUCCUUACAGAGACUGUCCAUUGCUGUAACCCAGCCACUGCGCAAUACUAAACUUCUGCUAGUUUUAAUUGAAUCGAUACACUGAUGCAUUUGUGUGCCUUGUUGGAGCUCAACUCACAACUCACCCUCUGGGAUUUCCAAAGAUGUAGAAAUGGUUCUUUGGCAUCCGGCUUACUCAAGGCUGAAUUGGCUGCCACAGUGUUUUCCACCUGGUGUUUCGGAGCAGUGAACUGCUUGUGCAACUUUAUGCUAGCGCAAAACUCUUACACUCGCUGGUUGUGCUAUGCCUGGACAUUGUGUUCCAGACUAGUGUUGCAGCUAAGCCAUCCUCUUGGGCUAGUGCAAUGGUGCUCAUUCUGCACGCAGUUCCUUGCUCUAGAUGUCAGCCAGCAGAGUUUGCUUUUUCUCUCUCACUCACAUCUACUCAUGACAGAUAAAUAUGUGGCAAUCACACAGAACGCAGGUAGCUAAUCUAUAUGAAUAAGUACAUUAAAUAUGGAAACUGGCUACCAUGCUUACCUAUUUGCAAACCUAACUCUGUUUCUUUUAAAUCCAUGCUAGUUAGUGUGGUUUUCAAUGUGGUUUCUAUAUGCAGGAGGUUUGUACAUGUAUUUGUAUACAUGCUUUGAUGAACGUACGUUUCAAAUCACACUUAUGUAUAGUGUACUUGUCAUACUUUGGUGAGGUCCAACAAUAAGCCCUCUUGUAUGGCUCAGUUAAUUCAUUCCAAGGUGUCUGUUAGUUCCAUCUGUUCAAAUGUGUAGUUCACUGUCUACAGAGACAUAUUUGAUCUAUUAACCAGGAGUGACCAUGCGAAAGCCAAGACCAUUUACCUUGUAUUAGCAAUCAGGUGGACAAUACAACAGCAUUA